UAGCGUUAUUCUGUGUAAUUCACAUACAGAGUCACUUCUGUACAUUUUCAGCGAAAAAUUGUUACUGUUGUUUUCUGCCACGAGUAAACUAUUUUUGUAGUAUUUUUUAAAUUACGUACAUUUUGCUCUCACUUUAAAACACAUUUUCUUCUUUUUUUUUCUUUCUGCUCUCCAAGCCUCCAGGAAAAACAGUUUCUGUGGCACAUUUCUUACAGAGCUCAGCUAGAAUGAGUGGUGCAGAAAGUUCUACGGAUCAUGCAGAGUGUGCUCAAUCGUCAAGAAGAAAGAACUUAAAUUCUCUUGAACAAAAGAUAAGAUGUCUGGAAAAGCAGAGAAAAGAGCUCCUGGAAGUUAACCAGCAAUGGGAUCAGCAAUUUAGAAGCAUGAAAGAGUUAUAUGAAAGAAAGGUCGCAGAGCUGAAAUCGAAACUGGAUUCCGCAGAAAGAUUCCUGGGAACACUGGAGAAGGAGCGGCUGCAGAGCCCCAGGGAGAGCUACCCAACGUGCCGCUGGACCAGUGAGCCCCCGUGGCUUGCGGAGAAGGAAAAGGAGAGCCUAAAUGGAGAAUUACAUGAAUUGAAGAUAGAGAAUAACCUUUUGAAGGAAAAAAAUGCUCUCAUGAACCACAAGAAGCAACAUUAUGAAUGUGAAAUAAAACGCCUCAAUAAGGCUCUGCAGGAUGCCUUGAAACUGGAGUGUUCUUCAUCUCCUGAGGACCCUUUGGGGAAGUCUGAAAUGGAGUGCAGCCAUGAGGAGAUGCGAACAGAAAUGGAAGUUCUCAAACAGCAGGUGCAAAUAUAUGAAGAAGACUUCAAAAAGGAGCGAUUAGACCGAGAAAGACUUAAUCAAGAAAAAGAGGAGCUACAGCAAAUUAUUCAGACUUCUCAAUCCCAGUUGAACAAGCUGAAUUCUCAGAUAAAAGCUUGUCAGAUGGAAAAAGAAAAACUAGAGAGGCAAUUAAAACAGAUGUGUUUCCCAACCUGUAACUGUGACUGGAAUUUCUACCGGAGGGAUCCGCACCUUCUGAUGGGCCCUGGGGCUGUGCAGGACCUACAGAAGCACCCACCAGACUACCAAUGGUAUGCUCCUGACCAGUUUCCGCCAGAUGUGCAGCACAAGGCAAGUGGUCUCCCCUCAGAAAAGAAAGCCAGUCAGUAGACGCACACACGGGCCAGGGCCAGCUUGGUGGACGGCUCCCGGCCCAGUGCUUGCUGGGGCUCGUGACUGCCGCCGCGGCACACCCCCGCCUUCACUGCGGAUGCCCAGGAACGACUCCCCUCGGCAGGAAUGGAGGACGAAGCUGAGACAGCUGAGAUCCUGGUCGAGUCCAAGGAGCCAGAAUUUACAGCCUAUCACAACUUCCAGUUUCCUGGAAAUGAGAUUUGACUGAUGAAUUACGGGUGAUGCCUCGAAACUCUCUUCAGUAUAUUGCUGUUGGACUUUCAGGAAUGAUUUCAUGAUUUCAGCAGCUCCGUUUGUGAUGCAGAGAUAUUGUGUGUUGAUUUAAAUGUGUUCCCUGGGGGGAAAGUUUCUGCAGUUAUAAAAUUUUAACAUUGCUCCCAUUACUUUUAUAGAGGCUUAGGUCUUUAGCCAGUUUAUCUAGAUGCUGUGUUCAUGAUUGUUCACCUCAGUGAACCUAGAAACAGAAUUGAAGAGGUCUAUAUACUUUCUUAAAUGGAUUCAACCUAAAGGAAAUAGUAAACUUGAAACUAUAAACAAAUCAUUUAAGAUGAGAAAUUGUGAGCCUACUUCAUUUUUAGGUGGACUAGAUUAUGAAAGAUAAAAUCCUAAUGUGAUGGUGAUGGCUUUGCUGUGUACAUAUAUAUUUAGAGAAGUAGUUCAGAAAUACAUGUAUUUGCAGUUAAAUCUGUUUUCCUUCCUGUGUAUUUGCAUAAUUACUAACAAAAAGCAUAACUCUGUCUUCUCAAACCAAUUAAAAUGGAAAACGGAUGUAUCCAAAUUUUAUUGCAGUUAAAGUAUACAGUUACAUGAUAGAUGUCUACAGAUUGUGCUAAGUCGCUUCAGUCAUGUCUGAUUCUUUGUGACCCCAU